AUGCAGACUACAGUCGGACAACUUCCUGAGGGAUGCAGACUACAGUCGGACAACUUCCUGAAGGAUGCAGACUACAGUCAGACAACUUCCCAUGAACUAGAUAGGGCCAAACAAUGAUGUGAAUGUCUCUAUGGGGCAGACAAUGCAGUUUCACCUCCACCAGCAGAGGGAGCCAGAGAGGACAACCUCUCCAUGACAUCACCCAUAUUAUACCUCCUCUAUCAUUAUACCUCCUCUAUCAUCAAUGACAAGUCACUGAUGGUCUUACCUGUCUCUCCCUACCAAUCCUCCAUACAGUCAUUGACCUACAGUCAUUGACCAGUGUCCAUAACUUUGACGAUUCAGCUCAAGGAAAUAGGUCAUAUAAUACAUAGUAGCCUACAUGCAGAACAGGACAGUCCAGCUUACAGUAAUCAUAUCACUAGGCAGAGCAGGCUGAGGGCAGAGCAGGCUGAGGGCAGAGCAGGCAUGAUCUCAUGGAGUUAGAUGAUGAUGUGGAUUACUAACACGACCCCUGCUCUCCAACAGGCUACAGACACACAGCUAACGACCUAACUACUGCCCCCAGAGAGAAUGGGUGUGUCCGUCCGCCCGCCCACUGUGUUAAUGGCUCCCUAUGUGUGUAUAAAUCAGCUCGACAUUUUUGUGUCAGUGUUUGAUUAAGUGCUGCUGUAACUGCUACAAUCAAUAAACUAAAUGCAUGAUCGUGUUUUGCUCUUUCACUAAAGAUGUUCCAGUAAAUAGUCUCUGUUUAGAGAUGGUAUUUGGGAGGGUUGACUCAUACGUCUUGUGCUCAGAUUCUCUGAACGUAAUCAUGGAGUUUGUCUCAGGCUAUUCUUUCAGUACUCUAAGACCAUAGAUUAUAAAACAGUUCCAUCUAUCUCUAUGUCUAAAACUCUCUCAACGUCAUUUAACGAUCAGUGAAAAACUGAUUGAAGGUGUUCAAUCAAUGAGAUGGAUGCUGUUGGAUAAAUGUUACAUUUACUCCUAGUAAAGUAUUGAGCCAUCCCACAUGCUGCAGUCGCCUCCCUGUCUCUCUGGUAUCGUAAUGCUGCUAGCCUCAGUGGAAAGCAAAUGGAAGGUGUGCCAUCAAUAAGAUGGGUGUUGUUGGAUGAGCCUUUUCACAGGCUGCAGUCCCCUCCCUGUUUCUUUGGUACUAUAAUGCUAACCACAGUCCUCACUGUAUUGACUAUUUUCUCACUGAUAAUGCUAGCCCCCACACUCCACACAUAAAUAACUAACACUACGGCGGUGAUGAGAGCUAGAGAGCCCGGGGGCCAUAACUAGUGUCUACUCUUAAUCAAUGUAAUAAAGCAUUGCUGUGUGAGUAUGCAUACAAACAUGAGGGAUGUUUUCUAAUACCAGUAUGUGCUUUAUGUUUUACACCUUCCUGUAUAUAAAGAAAAGGUAGAUGAUGCUAGAGCAGGAAGACUCAAGGCAAACCAUGUAUACAUUCAGCAGCUUGCAUGAGGCAAUGCAGAACAGAUUUUAUGCUUUUGUUAUGUUGGAACAAAAGCUUUCUUAUCUCUGGGUGGGUGAGCUAGUGACCGUUUUCACUGAGAGUUUCACAGCAUGCUAAACAGGUUUCCGGGGGAAAAUAAAACCGACACAAUGUUGAGGUCUGCUAGUGUUAUGGUGCGCCGUGCGGCGCCAAACACAGUAAAAAUAUUUAUGAAUUUACAUACAUAUUCAUACAUAUAUUUAAUGAAUAUGCAUAAUGCAGUGUAAAUAACAGUAGUGGGACUAUGUCCUAAGCCAAUGACCACCAGGCUAGGUUCCUUUGGUUUUGUUUUCUCCUCCACCAACACCCUGAAUAAACAAUGACUGAUCAGAGGUGACAUCACACGUGCUGGCCCCUCCCCUCCCUCUGUGGUGGACAGCCAGUGUCCCUAAGGACAUGUCACACCAUGCUGGCAAUGCAGGAGCUGCAAGCAUCUUCAUGCUACACCCACACACACACACACCCCGCUGUGUUUGACAGCUAACCCUUGGACAGAAGGGCUUAAGGGGGAAGCUGGUCUAGCACUGUGUCAUCACAGAGCUGCACACGCACCCUCACCAAGGCACGCGUCACGCAGACACACACACACACACUGUUGAUGCAGAAGCGUGGUGAGGAAAUGGUUUAGCGCGCGUGCUAUAGAUCAUGAUGCUAAGGAAGCUGGUGUGUAAGAAGAUCUGUGCCUGUAAGAACCUGAUGCUAUUUAUUAUAUAUUAUCUUCUUCUCUUCACGUGGUAUGUUUCUCUCUCUCCCUCUAUUCCUCUCAAACUACCUACCGACACCUCGCCCUAUAUUUUCCUCCUCUCUUUUCCCCAAUUUAUCUGCCUUUCUCAUUCUUCUCUCUCUCUCUGUCUCUCUCUCUGUCUCUCUCUGUCUCUCCCUCUCUCUCUCUCUCCUCUCUCUCUCUCUCUCUCUCUCUCUCUGUGUUAGUGGAUAUAUACUGCUUUCAUGGUAAUUACAGGUUAGCAGGCUGGUGGAGGAAUGGAGGGUUGUGAGAGGAGGAUGAGUGGGGGAAGGCUGAGCUGUGAACGGGGCGUUUCUCUCUGUGUGCCUGCCUGUUGCUUUGUUUAUGGAGAUAUUGGUCUUGUUGUCUGAAUGGUGUCUUGUUUUGGUGUCUUUCAUAAUUAUCACUAACGUUACUAUAGUGAUAGGGACACAACCUUUGAUUUGAACAGGCUUUGAUGACCUAUUUUUAUUGUAUGAAUCCCUCCUAAGAAUUUUUUUUUUUUAUCGUGUGCAGUUUGUCUUCCUUCUAAGGAGUACAUUACCGUUCUCUCACAGAGCAUUUCUGUAAAAUAAUGCUGGCUCAAGGCAUCUCUCCAGGAUCAUAUUUUCCCUUCAUUCAUAAUCCCUUGUGUGAACCGGAAAACUGGAGAGGUGACAGAACGGCUUGUAUUCAUGUAACAUUGACAAUCCAGAUUAAAUGAGCUAGCUACACCCAGCACGGCAGAUGGGUGGGUUCAGGCAUGCACUCUCUCACCCAAAACAACAGGGUCGAGCUUAGUAGGCAGGAAACAUAAGAACAAAAGUGAAACUGGAACAUACUAGGCUAGCUGUCCAAUAUAAAAUGCUUGUUUUUGUAACCAUAAGGUGUGUCCUAAUGAACAUGGUGGUCACCAAUGCAGAGAUGAAAUGACUUCAAACUGGAUUAACGCCACUCCUCUUCUCACUCCCCUGUCAGAUAAGAACUUUGAGGAUGAGGACUCUGUGGAUGGGGGCAGGUCCUCCUCCUCCGUAUCGUCCUCCAAGGCGCCCCCCAGUGGGAGGAGGACUGUAGCUCCAGCUUCUGUCCGCAGGCCCAGCUCUGCCACCGGACCCGGCAAGAUCUCUGCUAAAGAUGCUGCUGCAGGAGCAGUAGAUGAGGAGGACUUCAUCAAGGCUUUUGAAGAGGUUCCUUCUAUCCAGGUAACAUGCACAGAUAAGGGUGCUCUGUGUGUGUGUUUACAAUAUAAAUUGCCAUCAACCCCAGUCUGACUCCUGUCUCUUCACUCCUCUCCAGAUCCAUUCCAACAGAGAGAUGGAGGACAACCUCUCCAAGGUCCGGGAGGUUCUGUCUGACGACAAAAACGACUGGGAGCACCGAGUCAUCGCUGUAAGGACCGCAACCACUAAUGAUCAAUAGCUGCAUGACCAUCUCAGCACCUUGUACUGUAUAUUCUGGUGUUGAAAGUAGUAGCCUAUAAACAGUCAGAAACUACGGUUGUAGCGUAAUAGUUUGUGCUUCCUCUGUCUAGCUGAAGAAGGUGCGUUCUCUGCUCCUAGCUGGAGCGAUGGAGUAUGAUAGUUUCCCUCAGCAGCUCCGUCUACUGGAGGCCCCUCUGAAGCUUUCGGCUAAAGACCUGAGGUCUCAGGUGGUACGAGAGGCCUGCAUCACACUGGGGUAAGGACCUGCAGACACGCAAACCAGCUUUCAACCUCUCUCUUCCACUUCUAUGCUAAGUAGAGUUAGCUACACUGUUAAAACGAUCUGUUCCAAAAGCUGCUAUCUCAGACCAGUUGAGUAAGGUUGACCAGAGACAGUGGUUAGAGAUGUAGCAGCUCAUUGAAAUGCCACAGUAAAGUGGUGAUAUUAAAGGGAGGGAGGGAAGCUCCUCGUCCCACCUGGCCUAGACUGUAAAUCCAUCAACCUGAUGAUCUUUAAAUGUGUAUCUUGACUCUGUUGCACCUCAUCACUACCACAUUAGGAGCACGUCACUGACUGACAAUGAACAACUCUGAGUCUGGACAACUUGUAGGCUGCUACUACUUCUGCUCCAUAUCUACACUGAACAAAAAUAUAAACGCAACAUGUAAAGUGUUGGUCCCAUGUUUCAUUAGAUGAAAUAACAAAUCCCAGACAUUUUCCAUACACACAAAAAGCUUAUUCAUCUCGAAUUUUGGGCACAAAUUUGUUUACAUCCCUGUUAGUGAGCAUUUAAUCCUUUGUCAAGAUAAUCCAUCCACCUGACAUUACACAGGUGCACCUUGUGCUGGGGACAAUAAAAGGCCACUCUAACAUGUGCAGUUUUGUCACACAAAACAAUGCCACAGUUGUCUCAAGUUUUGAGGGAGCGUGCAAUUGGCAUGCUGACUGCAGGAAUUCCCACCAGAGCUGUUGCCAGAGAAUUGAAUGUAAAUUUCUCUACCAUAAGCCGCCUCCAACGUCGUUUUAGAGAAUUUGGCAAUACGUCAAACUGGCCUCACAACCGCAGAUCACGUGUAACCACGCAAGCCCAGGACCUCCACAUCCGGUGGGGUGCUGAGGAGUAUUUCUGUCUAUAAUAAAGCCCUUUUGUAGGGAAAAACUCAUUCUGAUUGGCUGGGCCUGGCUCCCCAGUGGAUCGGCCUGGCUCCCAAGUGGGUGGGCCUAUGCCCUCCCAGGCCCACCCAUGGCUGCGCCCAGUCAUGUGAAAUCCAUAGAUUAGGGCCUAAUUCAUUUAUUUCAAUUGACUGAUUUUCUUAUACAUUUAUGAACUGUAACUCAGCAAAAUCUUUGAAAAUGUUGCAUGUUGCAUUUAUAUAUUUGUUCAGUAUAAGUUCCAGUACAUUAGUCUAGAACAUUAAAUCAAAUGUUUGAGGAGGUUUAACAACUUUGAUUGAUAUUGAUUUGCUGUAUGUGUUCAAUCUCUCCCCUCCCCUCUUCAGAUACCUGUCCACGUUAAUGGGCAACAAGUUUGACCACUGUGCAGAGACGCUAAUGCCCACACUGCUCAACCUGGUGCCCAACAGUGCCAAGGUCAUGGCCACGUCUGGGAUGGCAGCCAUACGGCUCAUCCUCAGGGUGAGUCCUGCACACACACAAACUGUAUAUACAGUCAGUCAUAUACUGUACGUCAGAGGUUGAAUCACAUUGGAGGAGUGGGAUUCAUGCAUUAGCUACUGUAACAAACAGAAAAUAAAUAAUUUCCUGAUGUAUUUAUUACUCAGUAUGACUGAUAUCUGGUUGUGAAAUGUUAUGUGUUGUUAAGACACUGGGAGGUGUGAAAUAACCUGUAUUUGAAGACCUCUGGGACCUCCUCUUCUCUUCCAGCACACACACUACUCACGUCUCAUCCCCAUCAUCACUAGUAACUGCCUGUCCAAAUCAGUGGCCGUCAGAAGGUAAAGACACUCAAAGAUCCUUUGAAAUUUGAAAUUAUUCGGUGUGAAAAUCUGCGACCUUUUUCCUGAGGUUUCCCUUAUAAAUGUGUUAACUCUCAUGUCUUCCCUCUCCAGGCGCAGUUAUGAGUUCUUAGAGUUGUUAUUACUAGAGUGGCAGACGCACACACUGGAGAGGUAAGCACACACCCUUUCAGGAUACACUCUGCAUGCUAAUACAGGACAUAAACACUAACAACAGACUUUAGCAUGCUUUUAAACUGCUACUCUGCACAGGAUCUCAGCCAGUGUUUGUGUUUGUGUAGAGAGGGGUGGCUGCUGUACUUUAGAAUUCCCUCUCUCCUCUCCUUCUCUCUCCUCUUUUCUCCUCUUCGGCGUGUGACAUUUACCGUAAGUAGUUGGGUGUUGGCUGACUGGGCGACUGAUGAUCCCUGGUCUUUGCUAGUUAAAUUGAUGAUUCUGGAGGCCUGGGGUGAGCCAUCACCAUAAGACUCUCUACGAAGCAUCCCCUGUGGUUGCCACGACAACCCAGCAGAGAGUUUAAAAAGCAUGUCGAAAGCGUGCUAUGUGGUCACUUUCCACCCGUGGAGAAGGAGAGUGGAGGAUAGCAGAAGAGCUGUGGGAUAGUAGAGGAAGAGAGAGAGAAGAAAGGAGUGUAAACAGAAGUCUUGGGGAGGGGGGGAAAUGAGGAAGUCUGUGUGUCCUCUCCAUUGGUAUAGUUGUGGUUUCCUGGCUGCUGUACCUGAAGUGGUCUCUGUCAUGUUUCCCUACUAUCCCACCAGGCACGUGACUGUUCUGACGGAGACCAUCAAGAAAGGGAUACAUGAUGCCGACUCAGAGGCCAGAUCCGUGGCCAGAAAGUAAGUUCUGUUUUUAUGGUUGUUUAUUUGGUAAAUGAGUCUGAAUUUGUCCUCAGUAAAACAAUGAAUUGGUCUUUGCAGUUUUGUAAAAAGUAAUAUAUUGCUUUAUGAUUUCAUGACUGAUACAAGUGGAUGACAAUUUGGAAUAAAAUUACAUCUCUCUGUGUCGCUUAUUUUACUACUAGUGAUAAUUAGAACAAUUAUUAAUUCCUCUGGGCAUCGUCUCAUGUCACUUUCUCUGCUGGUGACCUAUCAGAGGCAUGUGGGUGGCAGGUAGCCUAGUGGUUAGAGCGUUGGGCCAGUAACUGAAAGUUUGCUGGUUUGAAUCCCAGAGCCGAGAAGGCUCUGGCGAUGUGCCCUUGAGCAAGGCACUUAACCCUAAUUGCUACUGUAAGUCGCUCUGGAUAAGAGUGUAUGCUAAAUGACUAAAAUGUUUUAAAAAAAUUACGUGUGCUGACAGUUCUGUUCAUGUACUGAUAGGAGGGGCUGUGACCUUCAUGUGACCUCUAACCUUCUUCUCCCCCCCCCCUCACCCAUAGGUGUUAUUGGGGUUUCCAUGGCCACUACAGCCGGGAGGCAGAGCAUCUGUUCCAGGCCCUGGAGUCGAGCUAUCAGAAGGCUCUCCAGUCUCACCUGAAAAGUUCUGACAGCAUUGUGUCCCUCCCCCAAUCAGACCGCUCAUCCUCCUCCUCUCAGGAGAGCCUCAAGUAAGAUACCCCUCCUUCUACCUCUCCCUCUAUCCCUCCCUCCUUCCCUCCAUCCCGGUUUACUUUCAUCCAUCAACCACUUCCCCCAGUCAGACGGCUCCUCUUCCUCCUCUCAGAAGAGCCUCAAGUAAGACUCCAUCCCUCCCUCCCCUCUAUUUAUCCCUUCCUCCAUAUGAUUCAGGAUGAUGUGGAUAAAGACCAUUUAUCAUUGAUUUGAAGACACCACUAAUGGAUUUGUCUUCCUCAUGGACACACUGAGGUAGAUUGAAUCGGUUGAUCCAGUUUAACGACUGGAGAGAGUGAGCUAAUCUUCCUCUAAGGAUGUUCUUUCCCCCUGCAUCAUCAUCCUCAUCAUCAGAUGGGUCUGAGCCCUGAACUGGUGUCCAGACCUUUACCUUUUAUAAUGUCUUUGGCAGUUUGAGUCACUGGUAGUUUGAAUCAUGUUUUGCCCUACACCAUCAGAGGGCUCUGAGCCCUGGCCUAUGACUUUGUUUUGUUAGUGUGAAGUACAGGGAUACUGAGCUGUUUACAAUAACUCCAUAAUGGUGUGUCCUUCUCUCUCCUCAGCCGGCCCCUGUCUGUCAAGAGUGUCAUAGGUGGCAGCAUAACAAGGGGUAAGAGUACUAGCUACUACAGUAUUAAUUUCUCAACAUGUGUUGUUUAUUUCAUGCCACCUCUUUCUAUUUGUGGGUUAUGUCAGGUCUCUCUUGCAAAUCCGAUGAUAAUUUUUUCCUCGGUGAGACUAAAUACAGACUAUUUAAAUGUAGAAUGUGUUGAUAUUUCAACCUCUCCCGUUCUCCCCGAUGGCAGGUAAGAUGGUGAGUUCCAGGGUGAACUCUAACCCAGGCGGUUCUCUCCAGCGUUCCCGUAGUGACAUCGAUGUGAAUGCCGCGGCCAGCGCCAAAUCCCGUCUGGUUAUCGUGCCCUCCGCUUCUCCCUUCAGCUCAGCCGCUGCUCUGCCCCCAGGCUCCUACGCCUCUCUAGGUAAACCCCACACACACUAGGGAUGGGCAUUUUAAAUGAUUUCAUUAUUCAAAUAAUAUCAUGAUAUUUCUUCGGAUAUCCAGAUAGUCGAAAUACAUGUCAAUGGAGACUUGCUCGUGAGAGAGCCGGUGCGCUGUGCUCUGCUUGUUUCAGCGGGUGGGGUAGGGGCGGGAGAUGAGCAGAGGCCGGUGUGUGUGUGUGACAGUCUAUGUGUGGCAUGGAGAGAGAGAGACAGAAAGUAGCCAAACUGACUCGCGCUAGUUAGACAAACUUGUUUCUGCCAUAAGUUAUCGAUCAUACCAUCGGGUAGUGCCUGUUUUCACUGCAUCAAAUCGUUAUAAAGAAGCUAGCUAGUUACAGUAGCCAGCUAAGUUAUCUAGCUAGCUAGCUAAAGUAACAAGGCUAAUUGAGGCUAAUUUGCUGCACUCCCCAUCCCAUGUCUACAACAACUCCAUUCAUAUGAAACCUGCUGGUUGGUCAUUGUAGCCUACGCUUUCUCAUUUAGCCAACUUAAUUACGUCAUGUUAAUUCCAUUUAGCAUUGAUUAGAAAUCUCCCACUUCACUUGCUACACAUAGCCUCUGACUGUAGCGCCGCUGUGAUUGACCGACAAAACAACAAGCUACACCUGUGAAACGUCUGUAGGUUACCGGUAAGUCUUUUUUAUGGGGCACACAUAAAAACUGUCAUAAAACUGUGGUUUUAUUUAAAAAAUGUAUGUAAUGGUCUAUCAUUGUAGGCUAUGUGGCAAUGUAACAUAGACACUUUUAUUUAAUUUGAGACAAAACCUUUAAAAAUGUAUAUACAUGUAGUAGUCGAAUACUAACGCCCGUUCGGAUAUUUGAAUAUUCAAAUAAACGUGUCCAUCCCUAACACACACACACACUCUACCCCUCUCCCCAGGUCCAUCUAUGCCAAGCCCGAACUACCACCAGUCAACAUUUAAAAAUGUAAUGGUCACAGGAUGUCAGUUCUGGAACAGUCAUUUCUCAAAGUCACCAUGGUGUCUUAAUUAAAUUAUUUAGAAUAAAUUAAAAUCUGAAAACCACUGGCUUUUAUGGCCUGAUUGGAGAUAUUAAUUAAUGUGAUGGUUGUUAGUAAGACAUCAUUAAGCUGUGCUCUGAAGAGAAACAAGAAACAGACAAAAAGGCCAAAAUGUGCAGAUAGACAGGCUGCAAAGUUUUGUAUGUAAACUAAUUAAACUAAACAUGAUAAAUAGCUGCCUGUAAUCACUUUAAGAUAUGACUACUGACCAUUAUAUAAAUAUUGAAGUCCAUGAUAAAUAAUGAUGAAAAACUCUCCAUAUACCCCCAAAAUGUAUGCAAUUUGAUACUGAGGCGUGCUGCAAUCCAGUUGCUGUCCCUCUGUUCUUGCCCUAACGCGUCCCUGUGGAUUUUACUGCUUACUGUCCAUUACUAAUGUGACCUCUUUCUCCCACCCACCUGUCUCUGUCUCUCCCCCUUCUCUCUCUCCCCCUCUUUCUUUCCCUCUCUCUUUCGCUCUCUUUCUCUCUCUCCAUCUUUCUAUCUCUCUCUUUCUCUCUCUCUCCAUCUUUAUAUCUCUCUCUUUCACUCUCUUUCUUUAUCUCUCCCUCUUUCUCUCUCUCUCCCUCUUUCUCACUCUCGCUCUAUUUAUCUCUCUCGGCUAACUGGUACUAAUGUCUAACUCUAUACCUCUCUUCACCCACCGCCCCCCGCUUUGCUUUAUGCCCAAAAGAUGGCACACCUGGUAAAAUUCAUACUGGUAAGAUCUGUAUGUAUGUGUUCUGCGUCUGUCGGGGACAGUCAAAAGCUCGGCUGACCCCCCCCCCCCCCCCCUCUUUUCUAUCUUGUCUACACACCAACGUACAACCUAUUUAGUGUGUUAUGUGGUCUGCAUGUUUGACCAACAUGGUAAUAAUCACUGUUGACUGACGACAGACAGGGUUAGAUAGCUAUGUGCAGUCAGCACAGCACACCAUAAAACCUCACCUCCCCCCCCACAACUUUUGUUAUCCUCCUUAUGUUGUUAUCCUUUACGUUUUGUUUAUUAGUGAUUAGCGAAGGGCAAGGACCCUGUGUUAUGUAUGUAAAGGUGAAUGUUGCAUGCAGUGAAACUCUCCCACCCUUUGGUCUCUGUCUGUGUGUAAGUGGUCCGAUUUAAGGAGUCAGAUGUUGCUGAGGUUUAGUGUUACCUGCUUCUCAAGGUUAUCCUCUACCUCUUGGUUGAAAAUGUUUAGUCCCUGGUAUAUACUUAUACUCUUAUCAUUAUCUAGAUGUCACUGAUAGACUUUAUAGACCCAAAGAAAGGGCUUUCCCUAUCCUGUUGUGUAAUGCGGUUGUUCUAGAAUCUAGUACAACACUCUCUGACUGAGUAGGACUUCGCCUAUCAAACAUCUUCCAAUGAAAAUAAGGUCACAGCUUCUGCCCACAUUCUAUCAAACAGCGUGUGUAGACUGAUAAUAAGACUCAUUAUUGGCUAAGGCAGGGUUUCCAAACUCGGUCCUGCCUCCGCCGGGUGCACAUUUUGGUUUUUGCCCUAGCAUUACACAGCUGGACUGAGUUUGGAAACCCUGUCUUAGCCAAUAAUGAGUCUUAUUAUCAGUCUACACACGCUGUGUGUAGACUGACUUUGGGAAACCCUGGGCUAAGGUGUUACUUAGCCAAGUCCCAGCUAUGGCCAAGUCCCAGCUGUUGUGGAAAGAGAAAUUCUCAAUGUGUGGUGUUUGGGAGUGCAUGUGUGUCUGUAGAUCUAAAAUUGGAGAGGUUUGGUGGAAAAAUGUAAGACUACUUGUUUGAUAACACAGUCCAAAAUUAGCAGACAUCUGAACUCCCCAAUCUCUUUCUCAGCAUCAGUCAGUGUGUUGUCCUAGCUUUUAGGAACAUUACUUGGCUGGAUUGCAAGUAUGAUAAUGCCAGUGUUCUUUUAUUUAUGAUUUUGCAAAUUAAUAUCUUACAUUGUGUAUAAUAUGCACAGUUUGACGUACUGUAAAGAAAGUUGUGUUGUCAUGAUGUUGCUAGCUGCUUUAGACAAACCUUUCUCAGAUCCAAUGCAUUUCUGAUGGAACCCUUCAGUGAGAAGGUGUUCUUUGUGUGAAUGUGUAGAAAUAUUCAGUUGUUUGUCUCUCCUUAUAUCUGUGUUUCAGAAGACUCUCUCUCCCCAUCCAGAUAUUUUGUCACUGUCUGUUUUAAAGCAGUUUCUUUCAGUUUUGUGUCGUGGUGAACUGUGGUGCACAGCUGCUUGGAUACAGUAUAAUUUGUAGUGUAGUGACUUAAACUCUCUCACUAACUCGCUGUGUGUGUUGUUGUCUACAGGUCGUGUGCGUACGAGGAGGACAAGCGCCGGCAGUGCCGUCGGAGCCAGCGCUACUGUGACUGACAGCAGGGGGCGCAGCCGAGCCAAAAUGGUAUCCCAGUCCCAGCGUGAGUACGCACACACACUGUCAGCAAAAUAACCCGAGACCAAUUUCACUCCCUCACAGCACAUGGUCUGAACUCAGGGAAGCCAGUCCACAAUGUCAUCUCCAGUCUCUCUCACUCUCAUGUAAACCCCCAGUAUGACCUUUAACCUGUCUGCUGUGAGCUCAUACUACAUCUCCAGUUUAUAUACAAGGUUCAGUUCAGUUUUUAUACUAGGUUCUCUCCAGUUUAUAUACUAGGUUCUCUCCAGUUUAUAUACUAGGUUCUCUCCAGUUUAUAUACUAGGUUCUCUUCAGUUUAUAUACUAGGUUCUCUUCAGUUUAUAUACUAGGUUCUCUUCAGUUUAUAUACUAGAUUCUCUUCAGUUUACAGUGCAUUCGGAAAGUAUUCAGAUCCCUUAUUCUAAAAUUGAUUAAAUUGUUUCCCCCCCUCAUCAAUCUACACACAAGACCCCAUAAUUACAAAGAAAAAACUAGUUUUUAGAUUUUUUUCGAAUUGAUUUAAAAUAAUAAACUGAUAUCACAUUUACAUAAGAAUUCAGACCCUUUACUCAGUACUUUGUUGAAGCACCUUUGGCAGCGAUUACAGUCUCGAGUCUUCUUGGGUAUGAUGCUACAAGCUUGGCACACCUGCAUUUGGGGAGUUUCUCCCAUUCUUCUCUGCAAAUCCUCUCGAGCUCUGUCAAGUUGGAUGGGGGUCAUCGCUGCACAGUUAUUUUCAGGUCUCUCCAGAGAUGUUCGAUUGGGUUCAAGUCCGCGCUCUGGCUGGGCCACUCAAGGACAUUCAGAGACUUGUCCCGAAGCCACUCCUGCGUUGUCUUGGUAGGGUGCUUAAGGUUGUUGUCCUGUUGGAAGGUGAACCUUCGCCCCAGUCUGAGGUCCUGAGCGAUCUGGAGCAGGUUUUCAUCAAGGAUCUUUCUGCACUUUGCGCCGUUCAUCUUUCCCUCGAUCCUGACUAGUCUCCCAGGCCCUGCCGCUGAAAAACAUCCCCACAGCAUGAUGCUUCACCAUAGGGAUGGUGCCACGUUUCUUCCAGACAUGGCGCUUGGCAUUCAGGCCAAAGAGUUCAAUCUUGGUUUCGUCAGACCAGAGAAUCUUGUUUCUCAUGGACUAAGAGUCCUUUAGGUGCCUUUUGGCAAACUCCAAGCAGGCUGUCAUUUGCCUUUUACAGAGGAGUGGCUUCCGUCUGGCCCCUCUACCAUAAAGGCCUGAAUGGUGGAGUGCUGCAGAGAUGGUUGUCCUUCUGGAAGGUUCUCCCAUCUCCACAGAGGAACUCCAGAGCUCUGUUAGUGACCAUUGGGUUAUUGGUCACCUCCCUGACCAAGGCCCUUCUCCCCUGAUUGCUCAGUUUGGCCGGGUGGCCAGCUCUAGGAAGAAUCUUGGUGGUUCCAAACUUCUUCCAUUUAAGAAUGAUGGAGGCCACUGUGUUCUUGGGGACCUUCAAUGCUGCAGACAUUUUUUGGUACCCAUCCCCAGAUCUGUGCCUCGACACAAUCCUGUCUCAGAGCUCUACGGACAAUUAUUUCGACCUCAUGGCUUGGUUUUUGCUCUGACAUGCACUGUCAACGGUGGGACCUUAUAUAGACAGGUGUGUGCCUUUCCAAAUCAUGUCCCAGGUGGGAAAGGGCAGUGUGGACUGCAAUAGAGAUUGCAUCAUCUGUGGAUCUGUUGGGGCGGUAUGCAAAUUGGAGUGGGUCUAGGGUUUCUGGGACAAUGGUGUUGAUGUGAGCCAUGACCAGCCUUUCAAAGCACUUCAUGGCUACAGACGUGAGUGCUACGGGUCGGUAGUCAUUUAGGUAGGUUAUCGUAGUGUUCUUGGGCACAGGGACUAUGGUGGUCUGCUUGAAACAUGUUGGUAUUACAGACUCAGUCAGGGACAUGUUGAAAAUGUCAGUGAAGACACUUGCCAGUUGGUCAGCGCAUGCUCGGAGUACACGUCCUAGUAAUCUGUCUGGCCCUGCGGCCUUGUGAAUGUUGACCUGUUUAAAAGUUUUACUUACAUCGGCUACAGAGAGCUUGAUCACAUAGUCAACCGGAACAGCUGAUGCUCUCAUGCAUGCUUCAGUGUUGCUUGCCUCGAAGCGAGCAUAGAAGUGAUUUAGCUUGUCUAGUAGGCUUGUGUCACUGGGCAGCUCGUGGCUGUGCUUCCCUUUGUAGUCUGUAAUAGUUUUCAAGCCCUGCUACAUCCAACGAGCAUCAGAGCCGGUGUAGUACGAUUCAAUCUUAGUCCUGUAUUGACGCUUUGCCUUUUUGAUGGCUUGUCGGAGGGCAUAGCGGGAUAUCUUAUAAGCAUCUGGGUUAGAGUCCCGAUCCUUGAAGGUGGCAGCUCUACCCUUUAGCUCAGUGCGGAUGUUGCCUAUAAUCCAUGGCUUCUGGUUGGGGUAUGUACGUACGGUCACUGUGUGGACGACGUCAUCGAUGCACUUAUUGAUGAAACCAGUGACUGAUGUAGUGUACUCCUCAAUGCUAUCGGAAGAAUCCCGGAACAUAUUCCGGUCUGUGCUAGCAAAACAGUCCUGUAGCUUAGCAUCUGCGUCAUCUGACCACUUCCUUAUUAACCGAGUCACUGGUGCUUCUUGCUUUAGUUUUUGCUUAUAAGCAGGAAUCAGGAGGAUAGAGAUAUGGUCAGAUUUGCCAAAUGGAGGGCAAGGGAGAGCUUUGUGUGUGGAGUAAAGGUGGUCUAGAGUUUUAUCAUUUAACAUGCUGGUAGAAAUUAGGGAGAACGGAUUUAAGUUUCCCUGCAUUAAAGUCCCCGGCCACUAGGAGCGCUGCCUCUGGAUGAGCGUUUUCCUGUUUACUUAUGGCCUUAUACAGCUCAUUGAGUGCAAUCUUAGGGCCUGCAUCGGUUUGUAGUGGUAAAUAGACAGCUACGAAAAAUAUAGAUAAUAAUAAUAUGCCAUUUAGCAGACGCUUUUAUCCAAAGCGACUUACAGUCAUGUGUGCAUAAAUUUUUACGUAUGGGUGGUCCUGGGGAUCGAACCCACUACCCUGGCGUUACAAGCGCCAUUGAGCUACAGAUAAACUCUCUUGGUAAAUAGUGUGGUCUACAGCUUAUCAUAAGAUACUCUACAUCAGGUGAGCAAACCUCGAGACUUCCUUAGUAUUACAUUUUAUGCACCAGCUGUUGUUUAGAAAUAUACACAGACCGCCACCCCUUGUCUUACCGGAGUCAGCCGUUCUGUCCUGCCAAUGUAGAGUAUAUCCCGCCAGCUAUGUUAUCCAUGUCGUUGUUCAGCCACGACUCGGUGAAACAUAAGAUAUUACAGUUUUUAAUGUCCCGUUGGUAGGAUAAUCGUAAUCUUAGGUUGUCUAAUGUAUUUUCAAAUGUAUGAACAUUGGCUAAUAGGAUUGAUGAAAGAGGCAGUUUACUAGCUCACUGUCAGAUCCUUACAAGGCACCCCGACCUACGUCCAUGAUAUCUCUGUCUCUUUCUCAUGCAAAUGACAGGGAUUUGGGCCUUGUCGGGUGUCUGUAGGAUAUCCUUUGUGUCCGACUUGUUGAAGAAAAAAUCUUCGUCCAAUACGCGGUGAGUAAUCGCUGUCCUGAUAUCCAGAAGCUCUUUUUGGUCAUUAGAGACAGUGGCAGAAACAUUAUGUACAGAAUAAAUUACAAAUAACGCGAAAAAACACACAUAAUAGUACAAUUGGUUAGAGGGCAGUAAAACGGGCCUUUCAAGAACCUGCUCCCACAACAGCUCAAUAGGGUUGAGAUCCGGUGACUGUGCUGGCCACUCCAUUAUAGACAGAAUACCAGCUGACUGCUUCUUCCCUAAAUAGUUAUUGCGUAGUUUGGAGCUGUGCUUUGGGUCAUUGUCCUGUUCUAGGAGGAAAUUGGCUCCAAUCAAGCGCUGUCCACAGGGUAUGGCAUGGUGUUGCAAAAUGGAGUGAAAGCCUUCCUUCGUCAAGAUCCCUUUUACCCUGUACAAAUCUCCCACUUUACCACCACCAAAGCACCCCCAGACCAUCACAUUGCCUCCACCAUGCUUGACAGAUGGCAUUAAGCACUCCUCCAGCAUCUUUUCAUUUGGUCUGCGUCUCACAAAUGUUCUUCUUUGUGAUCUGAACACCUCAAACUUCGAUUCGUCUGUCCAUAACACUUUCUUCCAAUCUUCCUCUGUCCAGUGUCUGUGUUAUUUUUCCCAUCUUAAUCUUUUCUUUGUAUUGGCCAGUCUGAGAUAUGUAUUUUUCUUUGCAACUCUGCCUAGAAGGUCAGCAUCCCGGAGUCGCCUCUUCACUGUUGUCGUUGAGACUGGUGUUUUGCAGGUACUAUUUAAUGAAGCUGCCAGUUGAGGACCUGUGAGGCGUCUGUUUCUCAAACUAGACACUAAUGUAUUUGUGCUCUUGCUCAGUUGUGCACCGGGGCCUCCCACUCCUCUUUCUAUUCUGGUUAGAGACAGUUUGCGCUGUUCUGUGAAGGGAGUAGUACACAGCGUUGUACGAGAUCUUCACUUUCUUGGCAAUUUCUCGCAUGGAAUAGCCUUCAUUUCUCAGAACAAGAAUAGACUGACGAGUUUCAGAAGAAAGUUAUUUGUUUCUGGCCAUUUUGAUUCUGUAAUCGAACCCACAAGUUGGUGAUGCUCCAGAUACUCAACUAGUCUCAAGAAGGCCAGUUUUAUUGCUUCUUUAAUCAGCACAACACUUUUCAGCUGUGCUAACAUAAUUGCAAAAGGGUUUUCUAAUGAUCAAUUAGCCUUUUAAAAUUAUAAACUUGGAUUAGCAAACACAACGUGCCAUUGGAACACAGGACUGAUGGUUGCUGAUAAUGGGCCUCUGUACGCCUAUGUAGAUAUUCCAUUAAAAAUCAGCCGUUUCCAGCUACAAUAGCCAUUUACAACAUUAACAAUGUCUACACUGUAUUUCUGAUCAAUUUGAUGUUAUUUUAAUGGACAAAAAAAUUGCUUUUCUUUCGAAAACAAGGACAUUUCUAAGUGACCCCAAACCUUUGAACGGUAGUGUAUGUAAAUAAGGUAUUUCUGUUUUUUAUUUCUUAUAAAUUUGCAAAGACUUCUAAAAACCUGUUUUCGGUUUGUCAUUAUGGGUUGUUGUGUGUAGAUUGAUGAGGAAAAACAUUUAUUUAAUCCAUUUUAGAAUAAGGCUGUGAAGUAACAAAAUUUGGAAAAAGGGAAGGGGUCUUAAUACUUUCCGAAUGCACUGUGUAUAUAUAUAUAUAUAUAUAUUUAUUGAUUUAUUUUACCUUUCAUUUAACUAGGCAAGUCAGUUAAGAACAAAUUCUUAUUUACAAUGACGGCCUACACCGGCCAAACCCGGACGACGCUGGGCCAAUUGUGCGCCGCCCUAUGGGCUAGGUUCUCUUCAGUUUAUAUACUAGGUUCUCUUCAGUUUCUCUCGUCAGUUUGUGUGAUGUUUUACCUCAUAAACUUUAACAUCCUGAAGGAACUUGGAGCCACUGUUAUUAGUGCACCCUUUCAGAAGAUGUAUGUGUGGUUUUCUCUCCCCCUCUCCCUGUGAAGCCUCGAUGAGGGGCUUCAAUUAUAUAUUUGCACGUGUAACAUGACAUGCACAGUUAACAUCUGGCCCAGUGCAUGCUGGGCUAACACUACUCCCUGUCACAUUGACCGUUUUAUUUUCACGUCCUGUUCUGCCGCUCGCUACCAUAACAACCACAGGAUCCAGAUCUGCUAACCCCACUGGCGGUGGUAAGGCCCGGACUUCAUCCAAUCAGAGUAAAGCAUCAAGUCUUUAGUCCCGCCCCUUCCUCCCUGUGCAGAUCUCUGCAUGUCAAUCAACUCAUUAUUUUAGUUUUAGACUCAUGUCAUACCAGCAUGCUCCAUUCAACUCAAGUGCCUGUAAUGGAUUAUGAUUUAUUAUUUUAGUCUCACAAGCGUUUUGAUUGGUACAUUUUGUUGUCAGUUGUUGGUUGUUGUCUAUGUCCUCUGAACUGUUGUUGUUGUUGUUGUUGUUGUUGUUGUUGUUGUUGUUGUUGUUGUUGUUGUUGUUGUUGUAAUCACUGGUUGGUUUUCCCACAGCCCAGUUAGACCCUGGAUUCAACCAAUCUUGUUUGUCCUGCAACUGUUUAUUAGCUGUUUGUAUGUCCCUCCCUAUCUAUCUCAUCAAAGCUGAAAUCCAAUAUCUAUGUUAUCCACCUAGUAGGAUAGAUAGAGAAUGUCAUUGGUCCUAUUACCUCAAGUGUUGGUUAGACAUUCUGUGAAUUAUUCCCCUCCGAAUCACCAAGUCACUGUAAACACACAGAGAUAUGUGCUCAGUUGGUAAGAGUGUGGCACUAGUAAAGCCAAGGUUGUAGGUUCAAUUCCUACUGGAAUCACAUGCACAUUAUGCACUCACUUUACUGUAAGUCGCUUUAGAUAAAAGUGUCUGCUAAGUGUUGUAUAUUAUUAUUUUAUUACUACAAUAAAAGCAACAUAUGCCAUUAGAAACAUUUAAGUAAUUAAAUAUUCCUCCAGAAAGAGGGAGGUAGAAUAUGAGCGAAUUCAGCUUUGAGCAGUGACAGAACCUUCCCAGCAUGCCAUGGAGAGGUGCGUCGCUCCGCUCGCUGUGACCCAUCGUGUCUGAAAGGGUGUGUCAUUUCACACUCUGCCUGUGACUCCUGUGUGUUGUCCUUCCUGCAGCUGGCAGUCGCUCCAGUUCCCCUGGGAAGCUGCUGGGCCACUCGUCUGGGUACGGGAGGAUCAGCAGGCCCCCCUCAGCCUCCAGCACCCCUGUAGACAAGAGGAGCAAGGUCCCCCGCAGCCAGGGCUGCAGUAGAGAUUCCUCUCCCAGCCGACUGGGACUAGGUAAGGGACAUUUACAUGAUGUAACAAUUUCAGCAUCGUGCAAGUAAACACAACAUAAAUCAUGUAUUCACUCUAUACUAGGAAAAAUAGAUUUGCCAUUUGCUAGCAACGCACAUAGUAACUAAGUAACUGCCUAAAUAAACAGUGUAUUGUACAGUAUCACCUACACACUGGAUACACAUACAUAACAGACAGCAUAUGUAUGCUGAUAAAUAGAAUACCACACACAUGCUGUCGAGGGCCAUGUGUCAAAACAUGACGGUGAUAUGCCCAACAUUGUCAUUGUGCACUCCUAUCUAUCUAGUGAAAACCUUAUCUAUACUGUACACCAAGUGUGUCCUUUGAAGCUCAGAUACACUAUCUUGGUUUUCCCGGUCAUAAACACAAAACAAAGAAACACAAUAAACACAAAAGAUAAGCCUUGAAAGCAAGGAACCCGCAUAGUAAUGUUAUGAAGGACCAAUGGACCCUUUGAACUCAAAGGGGGCGGCAGGUAGCUUUAGGGUUAAGAGUGUUGGGCCAGUAACCGUAAGUUUGCUGGUUCAAAUCGCUGAGCCGACUAGGUGAAAAAUCUGUCGACGUGCCCUUGAGCAAGGCACUCUGCAUAAGAGCAUCUGCUAAAUGACUAAAAUGUAAAUGUUAAAUACUGAAUGGCAAAAUACUGAAUAACAAAAUACUGAAUGCGAAAAGGCGCAAGGCCCCUUGUAAAGGAGAGUGAAUGGUAUGAGCCUGUCUCUCAGGGUUAGCAGCUAAGUAGAACUCACUGUUUUAGGAAGUGUCUCUCAUCUUGGUCAUAUUUGUUAGCGUCACAUCUUCCAGGCAUGUCCCAUCAUUGGGGUGGUGCCUCCUCUUUCAGGAAAUGUGGAUGAGCCUCUGUAGGUCUAGCUGUCAUCAGCAGCCCAGCUUAUGUCCUUCCUUAGAUUCAGUCUGAGUCACUGGCCCUGUCCUAUUGCUUUGAUUGAUUGGUCGGUGUAUUUCAUCGACCAACCAGCUCCCCACAUCUUGGCUUGUUAUCAGUGUUCUGUCUGAGGUCACCCUCUUUGUCUGUCUGUCAGUCUGUUGUGAACAACACCGUCAUCCCUGAAUUGGGAAGGCCGCCUUUUUUACAUCUGUCCAUGGAUGAGAUUUAAACAUUAUGGAUUCACGAAAUUGACAAUUACACGUUGCAAUGUUUUAAAGUUUGUACGUUUGUCUUCUUCUUAGUCAUGUUUAGUUCAUAUAUUUUAUUAGAACAUAUAAUAACUGAAUAUAACAGUUUGUCUUUAAUUUUCUUUGGUGUUUCUACCAUAUCUUUAUUUUUAUACCUUAUUUUAAAUCUUUUUUUUAUUUUUUAUUUUUCUGUUUUUAUUUUGUGUGUUAACUCUGUAUAUCUGUUGUAAGCUAAGGUCAUAACAAUCAUCUUGUCACUGACAACCUAAUCCUUGUCAUGAAAUAACAAAAACAUUUAAAAAACGGACUUGCGCUAACUUAUGUUUGUAAAAUGUAAUCUGAUGUCCAGCAGACUCCAACCCACCACCACGCCCCAGAGACCUCCUACCCCACUCUUCUCCCAGUCCCCAUCCCCAGCCCCACCCCAGGCCUCACCUCACACCCCAAACCUGUGUUAUACUGUCCUACUGACAGCCAGGCUGUGUGAUAAAGCUCUUGUUCCUGGUACUCCUCUCUCGUCCUACCACGCUAGCGAGGAGCCGUAUCCCCCGGCCCAGCAUGAGUCAGGGCUGCAGCAGGGAAACCUCUAGGGAAAGCAGCAGAGACACCAGCCCUGCUCGGGCCUUCAAGCCUCUUGGUGAGUACCACGACCAACCGGACACCAGGAGGCCUCCUGGAAGCAGCAAGGCCCACUAGUACACACUCCUCUAGACCCCUACUCUCUGUCCCAGCCUCCCUGUACACCCCAGGAUGUCUAGAUAGAAGAUCCACCUCUAGAACUAAGGGGUAUAGACCUCUUCUUUUGCCUACUCUGAUCUACUCUACAUGCACUAACCCUCUCAAAGGUUCUGGAACAUAAUCGCUGCACUGUCUUUGUCUGUCUUGUUGGGAAUGCUCCGUGUUGUGCUAUAUUAGUAUGUUUUUGUGUCUUUGUAUUUGUUAUAUAAUGACCAGCUAAAUGGAAAGAUCACAAAAAUCUCUGGAUGUUCUAGGAUUCUGUUUUUGGUCCAAUGAUUUAUGUACUAUAAAUGAUUUGGCACAUCUCAUAAUAAAUCUACAUCAAGAGGCAGAGAAAAAAGGCAGUGACUACAGUAAACAUUGUACUGUAUGUCAUCGUAUUCAAUGUCCAUAGCUGACCUGCUUCUCAGCUCUUUCCUGUGCUGCUGCCACAUCACAGGAAAUGACAAAACUUUGUCACUGCUUUGACAUGGGGGACAAACAAAAAUGAACAAAAGAGGGACAAAGUGGGAUGCAUGAGGGAUACCCGCCCCUCCCACCCAUACGUAAAAAUGUAUACACACAUGACUGUAAGUCGCUUUGGAUAAAAGCGUCUGCUAAAUGGCAUAUUAUUUAUAUUAUGUGGUUGGUCAUAAUCCUAGUGGAUUAAUGCAGCUAGGCGCUGAGCCUGAGUCAGCUACAGAAGAUGAUACCUGUCGCGUUUGUGUCACUAAUGCCCCGGGUGUCAUCUACCCCUCCUGUCCCUUGCAGCCUCCCGACGUACUUCCCGCUCUACCAGCGCCCUAUCUACGGCUGACCCCCACGGCCAGUCAGGUGACCUGCAUGCCCCUCCCCAUCCCCAUAUUAGCGAUUAUGCCAGCAUGAGUCCGUACAUGUUGCUUUGAGGGCUGUGCCCACCCUGCCACAAGAGGCAACAUUUCUUUCAAACUUUUGUUUGAGUUUUGAAGCUUGUAAUGGUAUUUUCUUUUCUUUGAGGAGGAGAUCUAUAAGCGUGCUGCUUUGUCAUAGUAUGUGUUGUGGCCAUCUGCUUCAAUAUAAUGUUUUGUGAUUUUAUUUGAAAAAGCUUGUGUUACUGUGUAAUCGUAAUGCCUGUCCCCAUGUAUGAUUUUCUCCUUGUUAGUGACUUUUUUGACAUUGUAUGAUGUAUUUGUACUUCAGUGUAUUGAGUAUCUCAUGAGUUUUUCAUUUCCCCGUCUACAAGUGUCAGUAGGUUUCUUUUCUCUUCAUUUUUCACGAGGUGUUUCAAAUGAGCACUAAUCAUUCUCUAGUGAUUUCUGUUGGUGUCUUCAUCUUUAUUUCAGCAAUCAUUUUUUACAUAUCACUCAAGAUUUUUGUUUUUGUUUCCAGCUUUUUUGUGUUUUUUAGUUUCAAGCUUUUUGGUGUAUGGUCUGUAAACCCCAUCAUAUUGCCUUUUUGUCUCCCUAGAGCAAGAUCCCAUUGACUUUCUCCUGUGUUACUCCACUCACUUCUCCUCUGUUACUCCACCCCCCCAGAUCGGUUUGGUUUGAUCCACCAGGACCGCAUCUCUGCCUCAGUAAACGCCAUGAAAGUCCUCAACACUGGCACUGAGGUCGAGGCUGCUGUGGCUGAUGCACUGGUAAGUCACCAAUCAACUCUUACCAGCUGUCAGUUCUGAAGACAUCACGACAGUUUGACUUACGAUAGAGUGACAGCAAGUCAGUCCCUCAUUAAGGCAUGCUAGUUAAUGGCUGAGGACUUGAUGUGGAAGCCAUAUGCGUUUGUAAGUCAGUGUUUAGAUGUUUACAGUGGGCCCUCCUAAAAACUAAUGAAUUCCAGGGGUUUUGCCUUUGUCAGAAAAGAAAACUGCAUUGAGUAGUAAAAUGUAAUGAGAUGAAAUCAAGCCUCUGUUUGUGUAUCUCAAGAAGAAAGACUCUGGCUGAAAGUAAGUCAACAUUGUUACUGUGUAGAGAAAUUAAUUAAAACAUGUCUUAUCUUAUUGCCAAGCAGGACUGCAGUCAUAAUAUUUUCCCUUCUUGACACCCUUUAAAAUAUCUGUCUUUCCUCUUUUCUCCUUGGUUGCCUGUAACUUCAGCUAUUAGGAGACUCCAGAAAUAAGGUAGUUGUCCAAUUUGUGUACCGUUUGUUUAUUCAUUCUAUUCACUAAUCAACAAAAAUGCAAAGUAUAAUCACUAAAUGUUGCUAUUUGGCAAAAAGCAAUUACUGGCAUAUUUAGUUUAUUAUUCAAUAAAAUAUUAUUAACAAUAGGCAUUCUUAUAACAUAAUUUAAUAAUCUCAUAAAAUCAAGAGUUGGAACAAAUUGCAUGGCUACCUCAUUCAUUGUGAAUGGCAAACGCAUAGAAGUUGUGCAUCGUAGCGUAGCCCAUUAAAUCCUACUUCCUGGCUGAGUUUGAGUGACCAGAGUUCUAGCCUGCCUGUCCCACUUCUCUUCUGGUCCUAUGAACUAUGACCUCACCAUUACCCAUCCCUCCCCAUUCUCUCCCAACAGAGGAAGCCUAUAAGGCGGCGGUAUGAGUCUCCAGGUAUCUAUUCUGACGACGAUGCUAACAGCGAUGCGUCCAGCGCUUGCUCGGAGCGCUCGUACGGGUCCAGGAACGGAGGUAUGUGGUCCUGUGUUACUCAGUUGGUAAGAACAUGGCGCUAGCAACACAAGGGUAGUGGGUUCGAAUCCCACUAGAUUCACAUAGACUAAAAUGUAUGCACUUGGAUAAAAGCAUAUUCUGAAUGGUAUACAUUACCGUUCAAAAGUUUUCGAAUGAAAAGCAAUUUUUUUGUCCAUUAAGAUAACAUCAAAUUUAUCAGAAAUACAGUGUAGACAUUGUUAAUGUUGUAAAUGGCUAUUGUAGCUGGAAACGGCUGAUUUUUUUAUGGAAUAUCUUCAUAGGCAUACAGAGGCCCAUUAUCAGCAACCAUCAGUCCUGUGUUCCAAUGGCAUGUUGUUGCUAAUCUAAGUUUAUCAUUUUAAAAGGCUAAUUGAUCAUUAGAAAACCCUUUUGCAAUUAUGUUAGCACAGCUGAAAACAGUUGUGCUGAUUAAAGAAGCAAUAAAACUGGCCUUCUUGAGACUAGUUGAGUAUCUGGAGCAUCAGCAAUUGUGGGUUCGAUUACAGGAUCAAAAUGGCCAGAAACAAAUAACUUUCUUCUGAAACUCGUCAGUCUAUUCUUGUUCUGAGAAAUGAAGGCUAUUCCAUGCGAGAAAUUGCCAAGAAAGUGAAGAUCUCGUACAACGCUUGGUACUAGUCCCUUCACAGAACUGCGCAAACUGCCUCUAACCAGAAUAGAAAGAGGAGUGGGAGGCCCCGGUGCACAACUGAGCAAGAGGACAAACACAUUAGAGUGUCUAGUUUGAGAAACAGGCGCCUCACAGGUCCUCAACUGGCAGCUUCAUUAAAUAGUACCCGCAAAACACCAGUCUCAACGUCAACAGUGAAGAGGCGACCCCGGGUUGCUGACCUUCUAGGCAGAGUUGCAAAGAAAAAGCCAUAUCUCAGACUGCCCAUCUUAAUCUUUUCUUUUUAUUGGCCGGUCUGAGAUAUGGCUUUUUCUUUGCAACUCUUAUUAUUGCUUCUUCUAAUCAGCACAACAGUUUUCAGCUGUGCUAACAUAAUUGCAAAAGGUUUUCUAAUAAUCAAUUAGCCUUUUAAAAUGAUAAACUUGGAUUAGCAAACACAAUGUGCCAUUGGAACACAGGACUGAUGGUUGCUGAUAAUGGGCCUCUGUACGCCUAUGUAGAUAUUCCAUUACAAAUCAGCCAUUUCCAGCUACAAUAGCCAGUUACAACAUUAACAAUGUCUAUACCGUAUUUCUGAUCAAUUUGAUGUUAUUUUGAUGGACAAAACAAUUGCUUUUCUUUCGAAAACAAGGACAUUUCUAAGUGACCCCAAACUUUUGAACGGUAGUGUAUAUAUUAUUAUCAUUAUUAUCUAGGUAUCCCUCACUACCUGCGUCAAACGGAGGAUGUGGCGGAGGUGCUAAACCACUGUGCCAGCUCAAACUGGUCAGAGAGGAAGGAGGGGCUGCUGGGUCUGCAGAAUCUACUCAAGAACCAAAGAAUACUCAGGUGGGUCCGGGGCCAGGGGGUCAUGUCGUUGUAUGUGUCUUCCUGCUGUAACUAUGCUGAUCUGCUCCUAACGCUGUCAUGUAUAGUUCACUAAGCAUUAUAAAGGCCCCUUGAUGUCUUUUUGGGUGGCAUUGGAGAUAGUAGAAUUGGGGUUGUUUAGGAUGUUGUGCCAGCUGUGGAUAGGGUUUGAAGUAGUCUUGAUUAUUUUGCAUAUAUUAUGAUAAUUUCCUUUUUUCAAUUGUUCAACUUUGAAAGAGGAGAGCCUGUCAAGGAGAUUCCAGCAGGGCGAUUCUUUUCAUAGCGUUCCUUAAUUGAGGGAGAAAUGACUGAUCACGAGGAGCCUGCAGGUGUAAAGCCGCCCGUCAGGUGGUGAAGUGGAAGAUGAGUUUCAGACGAGUUAGUUUGUGAGACAAGGACAUUUGUCUGCCUGCUUUCCCUGUGAGGCCAGCAGCAUUGUGUCUCCUGAAGGAGCUGCUUUAAAUCAAGCCUCUCUGACAUCUAUUAGUGAUGUCUGCCUGUGUUUACUAAUGUCUGCCGGUGGAUGCUGCUUUGUGUGUUGCAGCCGAGUGGAGCUGAAGAGACUAUGUGAGAUCUUCAGCAGGAUGUUUGCAGAUCCACACAGCAAGGUAGGUGACAGGAUGUUCACCUGUGUUUGAAAGUUUCAUAUCAAUACAUUGAUAAACUCACUCAUAACUUUUACUUUUGACAUUCAAAAACCCAUUGCUUUGCAGUGAUUUGUCUGAAAACUAAUUGAGUGUUUUGUUGCAUGGUCUGCUUUGGUGUGGAUGUUAACAACAGAGAGUAAGUGUGUGUUUUUAUUCUUUAAAUAUUAUAGUGUACAGACACCUAUUGCCUGUGUUGUUACUUUUAUAAAGGGGCUAUGUUGUCAGGUGUUGAUGGUAGCGUUUUGUGUGUGUCCCUCAGGUGUUUAGUAUGUUUCUGGAGACUCUGUUGGACUUUAUCUUGGUGCACAAAGAAGACCUGCAGGACUGGCUGUUUGUCCUGCUCACCCAGCUACUGAAGAAGAUGGGAGCUGACCUGCUGGGGUCUGUCCAGGCCAAGGUCCAGAAGGCUCUGGACAUCACCAGGUAUUGACCUCUAAAUCCCCCCUCCGAUAACAUCUCUAACCAUUUUCAUACUAUGCCGACCCAAACCAAACUGUGCUUGCUUGGAUAUUUUAUUUUUACACUAUUUUUCAGCACUGUUCCAGCACCUGGGGGAUUCUCAUGAAACCAGUUUUAAAAUGUCUAUAGCAAAAUUAGUUACAAAACCAUUAUCAACUAUCAUUCUGAGGACUAAGAUGUCUCGUUUUUGGGAAAGUGUCUCAUUUUAAAUACAUUUUACAUUUUAGCCUGAAUUUUGUACAUUUUCACACCAAAUUCAGAUUCUCGGGUCAUUUUAUUAACAACAUUAUUUAGAAAAACCAAACUUAUUUGAAUAAAACACAAAAUACUGUAUGUUGCUGUAGUUUGUCAUAAAUCAUAAAAAUUGUAUAUUUACAUUCAACUAUAAUAUUUAUUACGUACAAACACAGUGUCUGAUGUGGACAUGUCUCAUUACCGUAAAACAUUUUCAAGUUCCUGUAAAAACUCCAAGAAUUGUUUUAAUAAAGUUUUAUUCACCCAUGAUGCAUCAUCUAGAGGAGUAGUCCUUAGUUAAAUGUAUUCGCUUAUAUGCCUUCAGAAUGAGGUUCUUAUUCUCAAACACCUCUUUUAACCCAUUUGGCCUUCUCAUUACGGAAACGGCUAAAGAGUUUAAAUUGAGAAAGUCUUAUUAUUAUUAUAUUUGUAUAAUUUAUUUUGAGAAAAAAUAUAUAUCUGUGUUAUGUUUAACUCAGGACUUUUCAUUAGGUGAGCAAUGUAUCAAAUAUUAUAAAUAUUGAUUUGUUUAUUACUUUUUUGGACAUCGAAAACUGUUACGUAAUGACCAUUUUGUGAAAAUGUUGGUAAAAUGCAUAAUAUCUGAUCAAGAAACAUAAUUAUGAAAUAGAUAAGUACAGAUCCUAAUUUUAGUGAUUCAAGAGGACAUUUUCAAAAAAUGACACUUGAGAAUUGUUUGUUUUUUUGGACAGUUUCAUGAGAAUUACCCAACUAUGGUGGAUGUAUAAUCAGGCCACCUCAGUAGAGUUUGAUUUGACCCUGCUCGGUGUGUGAAACACCUUUUGAGAGUUAUGUAGCUCAUUUCAUACACUAACUGUUACUGUUUUCUGUUUUGUUCUCCUUAGGGAGUCUUUUCCGUUUGAUCAGCAGUUCAACAUCCUGAUGAGGUUCAUUGUUGACCAGACACAGACACCCAACCUCAAGGUACAGUAUGCAGAGAAUGUCACCUAGCUAGAUGAUUCUCUGUUUGUUUUAGGGAUUGGUUUUGUGUCUAAGAGUUUAUGAUUUCAAAUACCAGUAGACACAGUACAAUGGUGAUAUUGUCAAACAUUUUAAAAGUAAACUUGCUAAAUGCCUGUGUGAAUCAUAUAGCAUAACACACUGUGAAUCAUGAAGCUAAACCAUGUGUGAAUCAUGAAGCUAAACCAUGUGUAUCACGCAGGUGAAGGUGGCCAUCCUGAAGUACAUAGAGUCACUGGCAAAACAGAUGGAUCCUACAGACUUUGUCAACUCCAGUGAAACCCGACUGGCUGUAUCUCGCAUCAUUACCUGGACCACAGAGCCCAAGAGCUCCGACGUCAGGAAGGUACAGUGCCUAUAGAAAGUCUAUACCCUCUUGAACUUUUUUCACAUUUUACAAAGUGGGAUUGAACUAGAUUGAAAUGUAAUUUUUGUCAUUGAUCUACACAAAAUACUCCAUAAUGUCAAAGUUAAAAGAAAAUUCGACACAUUUUUACAAAUUAAUUCUAAUUAAAUAACUAAAAUAUAGUUGUUGCAUAAGUAUUCACCCACUUCGUUUAGGCAAGCCUAAAUUAGUUCAGAAGUAAAAUGUUGCUUAACAAAUCACAUGCUAAGUUAUAUGGACUCACUCUGUGUGAAAUAAUAGGGAUUGACAAGAUUUUUGAAUGACUACCCUUUCCUCUGUCCCCCAUACAUACAACAUCUGUAAGGUCCCUCAGUCAAGGAUUUGAGUGAAAAUAUUCCAAAAUAUGUUAAUGUAUGAAACAAUGCAGUAAAGUAAUACACUUUUUGGCCUAAAUGCAAAGCCUUAUGUUUGUGGCAAAUCCAACACAUCACAGAGUAACUGCCUCCUUAUUUUCAAGCAUGGUGGUGGCUGCAUCAUGGUAUGGGUAUGCUUGACAUUGGCAAGGACUAGGGAGUUUUUUUAGGAUAAAAAGAAAUGGAAUAGAGCUAGGCACAGGCAAAAUCCUAGAGAAAAACCUGGUUCAGUCUGCUUUACACCAAACACUGGGAGAGGAAUACAUCAGACACUGGGAGACGAAUUCAUCUUUCAGCAGGUCAAUAACCUAAAGCACAAAACCAAAUUUACACUGGAGUUGCUUACCAAGAAGACAGUGAAUGUUCCUGAGUUACAGUUUUGACAUAAAUCUGCUUGGAAAUCUAUGGCAAGACUUGAAAAUCGCUGUCUAGCCAUGAUCCCCAACAACUUGACAGAGCUUGAAGAAUUUUGAAAAGAAUAAUAGGCAAAUAUUGCACAAUACAGGUGUGCAAAGCUCUUAUGAGACUUUCCCAAGAAGACUAACAGCUGUAAUCGCUGCCAAAGGUGUUUCUAACAUGUAUUGACUUAGUGUUUUAUUUGUCAUUAAUCCAAAAAUAUAUAUAUAUAUACGUUUUCACUUUGACAUUACAGAGUAUUUUGUGUAGAUUGUUGACAGAAAAUUGAAAUUAAAUCCAAAGGGGGUGUAGACGUUCUAUAGGCACUGUAUGUCUCAGUGGGAAGUAGGAACUACUAGUUAUGGCGUAGUCCCUAGGGUCUGCUCAAUAAGUACCAUCUGAAUAACAAGCUUUCUAGGCAGAAAGCAAUGAUUAUACUGCAAUGCUAAUAGUACAGGAGCUAGAUUACUUCCUGAACUGAAUUCAGCAUUACUUUUUUUGAGGGGAUUGAUUCGCUUUGAUUAAGUAAUUUGUUGUUAAAUCUUAGCAAAACUCAGAAACCAUCUUUUAGAGGAAAUGCAUUCAAUAGUUUUAAAAUGUUAUCCAUAUUAAGAUCUAGUUAUGUAGCUAUCGAGCCACUGGGUUUUACGUAAUUUGAAUUACUACAGAUUUUAUGUUGGCAAUGAAGCCAUGUGCCACCAGAAAUGACCUUGUGAUAAGACUCUGCUAUCUCCCUGUUCUGUGGCAGGACAUGUGUUCACUCUUGGGUUGUUUGUUUUUCUACCACUGCUAGUUCCAAAUUAAGUCCUCAACUAGUUUUUAACACAGGAUGUACCUUACGCUGUAGGGUAUUAAAAACAGGUAGACUAAAAAUAAUCUUUAAAGGAAUAAAACAUCCUGCUUUUUAUUGUUUUAUAAUAGAAACAAACUUUAUAUACCUGACCUGCAUCCCACAGGAGGACUCUGCUAACAGCUAUAACCAUGUCUAGGUUUAUAGUAGUGUACUACUAUAAACAUCUGCUUUCCUUUGUUCAAUACCCAUAAUUCUACCCCCCUGCCACUGUGCCCCAGACCCUUCAUAACUGGGUGGUGGAGGAGCUAUCAGGCAGGUCCACUACUGCAGCCUUACUGUCCCAGCAGGCCGGGGAGGGGCAACUGGAAGAAUGGUGUAAGCAGGUAGUGCCUCAUCAACCAAUCACUGUCCACUGCCAAGCACGCCCUGCCCGCCGAGCUGCACCGACGCCUAGCUGCCUCAGAGUGUGAAAUUAUCUCAAGUGUGGCCUUGCCUUUUUUACCUCACCUUCACGCUCUAGCACUUUCUGCUGCUUGCUCUAACCUACAGUAGCUAUGCCUUGUGAAUUUGAUUCUGGAUAAAUGGGCAGGUUUGAAAGUAAAACAGCUGUUGUUGGCCAACAGAACACUACUACAACACUACACAGAAUUUAUGUCAUUAGGUCUCAGGAGUAUGUGAAUGGAUUGUUACUUUGUUUGUUCGAAGUUCUACCGACCGAUGUCAUCACUGAAUAACGAUGUGUGAACUUUCCCCUGUUCUGUUCUGUUUUGAACCACAUUAACAGCCUCUACAUAUGCAUGCUGACAUGGUCAUUUCUAGUAGAAAGAAUGACUUUCAUUAUUUAAGAUUGUAUUGUAUUUAUUAAGGAAAUGUCUCAGUCCUUGUUAUAAGCAAUGUCUGACCUUCUAGAAAUGGGUACUUCUGAAUUUAAUAUUUUGUUUUUAAAGCAUGAUGUCACUCACCACAAACUUAUAAUUGACUAUAUUACAGCAGAAGUUGCAAAAACGUGUUUGAUAAUGUGAUCAACUGUGAUUUGAGAGUUUUGGACUGUUUCUCUGUACUAUUUUAUUCAGUAUAACACUAAUAGACACAGCAGGUUCACUGUGUACAUCCAAGUCUCUCCACUGGUAUGGUUAGCUGACAUAUUCCUUUUAGCACCUAGAGGAGCAAAGGGCUUCCCUGUAAGAAUAAAUACAUCCACUAUUGACUAUAUGUCCCUGUUCCCCCUCUCUGCCCCCCAGGCAGCCCAUAACCCACUAUUGACUAUGUCCCUGUUCCCCCUCUCUGCCCCCCAGGCAGCCCAUAACCCACUAUUGACUACUGUAUGUCCCACUGCCCCCCAGGCGGCCCAGGUUGUGCUGAUCUCUCUGUUUGAGCUGAACACCCCAGAGUUCACCAUGCUGCUGGGAGCCCUGCCCAAGACCUUCCAGGACGGGGCCACCAAGCUGCUCCAGAAUCACCUGAAGAACUCCAGCAACACCAGCAGCGUGGUAAAUGAAUACAACCGGGGAUAAAAGGGAGGGGGAUCUGUUUACGCUAGCAGCCUUAUCAAUUUGGUGAGGUGAUUAGUAAUAUUUUAUUUUUGGUGUAGACUAGUUCAUUCACUAGUAUGUGAUCCAAUGGUUUCAUUCCAUUUGGUCAUGAUCUUCGAUAAAAGUAUGUUUUCUAAUUUAUAAACCUGUUUGUCUCUUUCUUUCUCAGAGUUCUCCCAGCAACGCUAUUGGGCGGACCACAAGCCGCCACACCCCUAGCCGGACCAGCCCCCUCACUUCCCCGACCAACUGCUCCCAUGGGGGGUUGUCUCCCAGGUACGUACAUCCUCUCUCUGACCUCCAUCUACAGGUGCCAUUUUGUCUCCUAAUGCAUGGCUAAACCACAGACCGCUGCUUGACUGACUGAAGGCUUGUUCUCCUUCACCAUUCAUUCUAAUACUCUACUCGUAUUGAUGCAUGCCAACCUCUGAUCUCUAACCUCAACUCAGACUAUAGUUAUUUAUUACCUAGAACUGAGCUGGGAGAGGGGAGGCGGGGAGAGGAAGGGUCCUUAUCUUCUGAGGUCGCUUCUAUCUUCUCUUCGCAGUCGCAUGCUUCUCGUUCUUCGAGAUUUCGAUUCUCUUUCGCUGCGAUUCUCGCGCUCUAAGAGCUGAGAAUGAAGUCUAUUGCUGUUCUGCUGUAUUGUUCUACCUAUUCUCUUCUCUUCUUCUCUCUAUUCUAUUAUUCUUCAUUCUAUCUCUUCUUUCUCUCUCCUUCUUUCUCUCUCUUCUUCUCUUCUCUUCUCUUCUCUUUCUAUCUUCUCUUCUCUUCUCUUCUCUUCUCUUCUCUCUGUGUGUGUGGUCCCUUGUGGUGUUGCUCCCCCCCUGCCCCGUUCUCUCCUCCUCCGUCCGUCCGUCCUUUCCUCGUGGCCGUGCUGUGGCCACAGUCGGUUGUGGGGUGGGUGUUGGAGUGGCGAUGGGCUAUCUAAGCACCCCCCUCCCCCUCAUCCUCCUCCGCCUCACUCCACCCCCGCAGGCCCCGCCCUCAGGGUCCUCCGCAGAGCGUACUCUCCCAGGUAACACACCUAUGGGCGGGGCCUCAGUUCCCCAGGAGGGGCAGGACAGGAAGUGACACGUCGUCCUUCUGUUGUCCUCCCAAUAUUUCCUCGACCAAUAAGGAUUGGGAAUCUUUUCAGAACAUUUUCCAGUCUCUUUUUGCGCUAUGUUCUCAGGGGCUGUAUCCCAUAAAAGUGACAAAUUGGGUAUUGAGAACACCAUCAUCUAUGGUCAGAGCCGUGCCCAAAAUACAUCUUUACCUAUCUGUGUGAAGAUCAUCUACUUAGCUUGCAGAAGCAAUAAAUAUAACCCCUUGCAUGGUGUCAGACUGAAACGGUAAGUGUCCUUGUAAGUGUAUUCAUCUGUGUGUGGCUUUGCUGUUUGUGUGUCUGCUGUCCUGAGGGACACUGUAUAGAAAGCCUCUCUUCCUGUCCUGUCUCCUCAGUAUGUUGGAGUAUGACACAGAGAACAUGAACUCUGAUGAGAUCUACAGCUCCCUGCGAGGGGUCACAGAGGCCAUCCAGAGCUUCAGCUACCGCAGCCAGGAGGACCUCAACGAGCUGAGAGGGAAGAGGGACGAUGCUGUGAGUCCCAACCUCUACAUUGGAAGCGUCCUCUCUCCUCGCUGCUUCUCAAAAUCCAUUGGAGGAUACAUCCAACGUCCCACCCCUUAUCCUCUAAUGUAUUUUGAGAAAGAGGCAAAGAGAGAGGACAAACAAAUUGGGAAAGAGCCCAGGGCCCAUAUCCACAAAGCAUCUGAGUAGAAGUGCUGAUCUAGGAUCUGUCCAUAUAAUCUUAUUCAUUAUGAUCUACAAGGCAAAACUGAUCCUAGAUAAGCACUCGUACUCUGAGAUGCUUUGUGGAUACGGGACCUGGACUUUGUGUUGUGUCCUGUAUACCUCCCUGGUUCACAGGAGGUUGGUGCCACCUUAAUUGGGGAGGACAGGCUCGUCGUAAUGGCUGGAGUGGAAUGGUAUCAAAUUCCAUUUGCGCCGUUCCAGCCAUUAUUAUGAGCCAUCCUCCCCUCAGCAGUCUCCACUGCCCUGGUUGUCAUAGCCAUUUCCACAUCUGAGACUAACUGUGUUCUCUCUCUCUUCCCAGGCGGGACGGGAAGGUGUUGCGCCCUCCCCAGGCUCUGAUGCCCGUCUGGGGUUGGAUGUGGUGGAGGGUGGGCGGACGGCCCUAGAUAACAAGACCUCCCUUCUCAACACCCCGUCUCCCCGCUCCUUCUCUGGGCCGCGAGCCAGAGAUUUUGCCCCCUACGGAUACGGAGACACCAUCACCUCAUCCUACGACAAGAGUGCCCUGAAGGAGGCCGUGUUUGAUGACGACGUGGAGCAGUUUAGAGACUGUGAGUCACCUUUGACCUCUGCUUCAACCUUGACCCUGUGACUCCACCUCCAUGUUGACCACCUUUGAUACAUCCUGUGAUGUCAUGACAUGAUGGUGUGACUUCUUCAGGUUUGGGCAACACAAAGAAAGAAUAGAUUUGGUCCAUUCUAGUGUUACAUGUUGGCUGAAACCAGAGUGAUGGAAUUGGGAAUAGGAUAGCCCUUUAUCUGCAGUGAAAAGUGAGUCUGCUGGCUAUAGUCAGUGAGUCUGAUUGUUUCCUCCCUCCUUUCCCCCUUCUUCCCUCCUCUACAGGCCGUCGGCAGGAUGGCAGUGGGGAAAACAAGAUGGUGCUGCCUAAGGGAUUUGCUCCUGGUAGAGACCCACAACUCUAUGACUGUUGUUUUUGUUUUCUAAAGUUUUUCAAUGGUGUUUCCAUUUCCCUGUCACUUUUCUGUUGUUGUUGGUACAUGGGGAUACUAGCUAGCUAGUUAGGGCUGAGAGUUACAUGAUCCGUACCACUCACCCAGUCUUUUCCUCUAUCCUCUCCUCAGGUUCCCAGGACCACUCGGACCUGGUUGCAGACCUGCUGAAGGAACUGUCUAAUCACAAUGAACGCGUGGAGGAGCGUAAGGGGGCGUUGGUGGAGCUCCUGAAGAUCACCCGGGAGGACAGCCUGGCCGUGUGGGACGAACACUUCAAGACCAUCCUCCUCCUGCUCCUGGAGACACUGGGGGAUAAAGACGUAGGGAUCCUUUACUUUACUAGUUUUGACAUGACAGACAGACUGCAGCUAGUUGGAAGGUUUUACUUGCAAUGAUGGUGAUUAUUAUCGUGACAAUAAUAAUAAUAAUAAUAAUAAGACUGCAUACCCAACUACCACAUUGAUUCUUUGUUUAGCUGCAAACUUAAAACUCUCUAAGGCUGAAAGAUAUGGGGUUUGGUGAGGGUGUGUGGUGCAUGUCUGUGAGCAAGAAGGCAUGUAUGUUUUGUAGUGGUUUGUAAUGGCAGCUCGUUUCCCCCCCAUGUAGCACACAAUCCGUGCCCUGGCACUGAGGGUACUGAAGGAGAUACUGCGGAACCAGCCGGCCCGCUUCAAGAACUACGCUGAACUCACCAUCAUGAAGACCCUGGAGGCACACAAAGACUCCCACAAGGAGGUGCAACUCCUUAUAUUUAUAUUCCCUGGUGUCCCCCAAGGCUCGGUACUAGGUCCUCUCCAGUUCUGUCCUGUUCUCUCUGUAUACGAAGUCCAUUCUUGCUUCUGUCAUAUCUUCCACAUAGUCUCUCUUAUCACUGCUACACCCAGAGCAGUUCUCUGUCAUCAAACCCAUGAUAUAUCACCUCCACUUUCCCCCUGUAGGUGGUAAGAGCAGCGGAGGAGUCUGCCUCCACCCUGGCCGGCUCCAUCCACCCAGAGCAGUGUAUCAAGGUGCUGUGUCCCAUCGUCCAGACGGCUGACUACCCCAUCAACCUGGCUGCCAUCAAGAUGCAGACCAAAGUGAUAGAACGCAUCACCAAGGAGUCCCUGCACCAGCUGCUGCCUGACAUCAUACCAGGACUACUGCAGGUGAGAAUCUGGUCCUGUUUCGCAUUAUGUGAGUGUUUGGUAAGAGUGUGGUGCUACGCUGGUUACAGGAACCCACUGGGCACAAACUAGUUGAAUCAAAGUUGUUUCCACGUCAUUUCAAAUAUAUUUUUUAAUGUGGUGAAGUUUAAUCAAACAUUGGAUUUGCAAAAGUAAUCAACGUACAAGAAUUUCAGGAUUUUUUUGUAUUUCUUUCACCAAACUUUUAACCUAAAUCCAAUGACAUGGUUACAUUUUUUUGUUUAUUUCUAUUUGAAUUCACUUCAGUUGGCAACUCAAAUGUAAAUCCAAACUAGAUAAAUGAAGACAUCUGUGCCUAGUAGGAAGGUUGUGGGUUCAAUUUCUACAUGGAUUACUUACAUAUUCAUACGGAAUGUAUAAUGGUUAUAGACUAUGGGGAUAUUGUCUAUUUGAAUGCAGCUGCCACUGUAUUGAAGCCAUUAGACACAGUUUAUCAUAGCACACUAUGCAUUAUUAUGGACGAUAGGUUCAGUACACAUCACUGCAUAGGUUCAGUACACAUCACUGCAUAGGUUCAGUACACAUCACUGCAUAGGUUCAGUACACACCACUGCAUAGGUUCAGUACACACCACUGCAUAGGUUCAGUACACACCACUGCAUAGGUUCAGUACACAUCACUGCAUAGGUUCAGUACACACCACUGCAUAGGUUCAGUACACACCACUGCAUAGGUUCAGUACACAUCACUGCAUAGGUUCAGUACACACCACUGCAUAGGUUCAGUACACACCACUGCAUAGGUUCAGUACACAUCACUGCAUAGGUUCAGUACACACCACUGCAUAGGUUCAGUACACAUCACUGCAUUCUGUAUCAGAAAGUAGGCUGGCCCUCUUUGAAGUCUCGUAGAGCGAUUCUUUGCACUAUUUUUGUUUAUGAAGCCCUCCUGCAUAAACCUCCGCCGUAACUUACUUCACUGGUAACUUACAGACGUAUGAGAUACCAGACCCAGUCUCAGGGAUGGCUAGUUAGGUAAAUCUGCUUUUAGUUUUUUUUGUUGCACCUUACUUGUGGAAUGCUCUCUAAAGUUGGAUGAAUUGGUGACUCUAGGGCAAUUCAAAAGGCUGAUUCAGAAUGUGUUUGUUUUCUAUGCUGUGAUGUGCUUUUCGUCUAUUGGUGUUUUUGUUUUAUAUAUUGUUGAUGUAUAUAUUGAUGUGUAUGUUGAUGUGUAUAGUGAUGAUAUUAAUGUGUAAUAUGAUGUUAUUGAUGUGCAUUGAUAUGUAUAGUGAUGUGUAUAGUUUAUAGUGAUGUGUAAAUUGAUGUGUAUAGUGAUGAUAUGUCACGAUCGUCGGUAAGAGAGGAGGAACAAGGCGCAGCGUGGAAUGCGAACAUAUUUAUUUUUAUAAAGUAUCACACGAACAAAACGAAAACGUGACGUCCCUGGUUACAUACACAAACCAACACGGAACAAGAAACCACACCAAAUGAAUGCCUAACGGCUACUUAAGUAUGGCUCCCAAUAAGAGACAACGAGCUACAGCCGUCUCUGAUUGGGAGCCACCCUGGCCAACAUAGAAAUACAACAACUAGAACAAACACAAAAGAAAACUCACACCCUGGCUCAACAUACUAGAGUCCCCAGAGCCAGGGCGUGACAGUACCCCCCCCCUAAAGGCGCGGACUCCGACCGCGCCAACCAAAUACCACAGGGGAGGGACCGGGUGGGCACUCCGCCUUGGCGGCGGAUCCGGCUCCGGGCAUGAUCCCCACUCCCUCUCUAACCCCCCAAAGUACCCCUGGUCCGGUCUGGCCCUGCUGACCGGAGCUGGACUGCACACUGGUGGAGCGGAUUGCUCUAGCUCCGGCGUGAAGCAGCUGACCCGUGCUGAACCAGGCACCGGUGGAACAGGCACGGGCUGUGCCGGACUGACGACGCACACCACUGGCUUGGUGUGGGGAGCAGGAACGGGCCGGACCGGGCUGACGAAGCGCACCACUGACUUGGUGCGGGGAGCAGGAACGGGCCGAGCCGGGCUGACGAAGCGCACCACUGACUUGGUGCGGGGAGCAGGAGCGGGCAGAGCUGGGCUGACGAAACGCACCACUGACUUGGUGCGGGGAGCAGGAGCGGGCCGAGCCGGGCUGACGAAGCGCACCACUGACUUGGUGCGGGGAGCAGGAGCGGGCCGAGCUGGGCUGACGAAACGCACCAUUGGCUUGGUGCGGGGAGCAGGAACAGGCCGGGCCGGGCUGGCGACGCGCACCAUUGGCUUGGUGCGGGGAGCAGGAACAGGCCGGACCGGGCUGACGACGCGCACCAUUGGCUUGGUGCGGGGAGCAGGGACGGGCCGAACCGGGCUGGCGACGCACACCACAGGCUCGGUGCGAGGGACAGGAACAGGCCGGACCGUACUGGGGACACACACCACUGGCCCUACGCGGGGAUCAGGAACGGGCCGGACCGGACUGGUAACACACCCCAGUACCUCUCGCCGUGCCUCUACACUCUCCUCCCCUUUAGUGACCAGUGGCCCCCGUAACCUGGCGGCCUCCUCUACUAACCGCUCCAUCGCGGCCCCCUGCUGCCACGUCGUCCACGGCGUGAGCCCCCCCUAAAAAUGUUCUGGCCGUCUCUCCUACCCGUGGACCAGGUCUCCAUGUCCCUCGCCAGACUUUCGCCCUUCUGCUUCCAAGUCCGGCCCUUCUCUUCCUCACCCGGCUUGACCCAGUCGAGGAGGCGAAGGAGAUCUGCUAGAGAUCUCCCUGGCGAUGGCUCCUGGACACGCUGCUUGGUCCAGUCUUGGUGGUUUCUUCUGUCACAAUCGUCGGGAACAGAGGAGGACCAAGGCGCAGCGUGGAAUGCGAACAUAUUUAUUUUUAUAAAGUAUCACACGAACAAAACGAAAACGUGACGUCCCUGGUUACAUACACAAACCAACACGGAACAAGAAACCACACCAAAUGAAUGCCUAACGGCUACUUAAGUAUGGCUCCCAAUCAGAGACAACGAGCUACAGCCGUCUCUGAUUGGGAGCCACCCUGGCCAACAUAGAAAUACAACAACUAGAACAAACACAAAAGAUAACUCACACCCUGGCUCAACAUACUAGAGUCCCCAGAGCCAGGGCAUGACAUGAUAUUGAUGUGUAUAGUGAUGUUUAUAGUGAUGUGUAUUGUGAUGUUAUUGAUGAGCAUUGAUCUGUAUACAAGGCUCAUCUGUGAAAGAGACCUUGGUCUCAGCAUGACUCUCUGUUAAAAUAAAGGUUAAAUAAAAAAACAUGUAAUUUGCAUAAGUUGCUUUUGAUAGGAGUGCUUAGUGGCAUUUAUUAUGUUAUUAUAUAGAAUGCAGGACUAGUGAAGGGGCCAUUGCGGGGGGGGGAAAUGGAAACGUUCUUGUUAGUAUCUGCACCAUAUUGGUUCAUAUUUGGACAGUGGGAAACUGUUUGUUUGCCUUAUUUGUUCCUGGAAAUGUUUCUCUAGGUGUGGAGUUGUGAAUGGAGUGGUGAACAGAUGGCUAAUGUCUCAAUCAUAUUACGACUGCACAGUAAACUAAGUGUUUCUCUGUAGGUGUGGAGUUGUGUUACCAAACAUCCUUGGUAGUUUCUAGGCCUACACCGUGUUUGUUAAUGUUCAUAUUUUGACAGUGAGAACUGUUUGCCUUAUUUUUUACCUGGAAAUGUUUGCCUGUACUCUGCCCCUGAACACACCUCUGCCACUCCUCCCACGUUCCCAAUGACCUGUUGUUCUAUGUGUGCGCGUUCGCGAGUGUGUUCGCUGCUAGCUGAUUCAGUGUGUGUGUGUGCUUGUUUCUCCGUGUGUGUUUCUCCUGCUGGCAGCCAGUCCAGUGAUAGUCUGUAUGUCUGUUCCCAGGGUUAUGACAACACAGAGAGUAGUGUUCGCAAGGCCAGCGUGUUCUGUCUGGUGGCCAUCUACUCCGUGAUUGGAGAAGAGCUCAAACCACACCUGCAGCUACUCACGGGCAGCAAGGUACUCUACCCACAACUGUCAUGUGCUCGCUCUGCAUCUCAAAGUCCUCACACACACACACACAAUACACCACACACACACACACACACACACACACACACACACCUGUCCCCCAAACACAACCCCCUAAUCGGUUUUCCAUGUUUUUAUUUAGCCUCUGGUUUUGACUGGUUUGGUCUGUGGUGUGUGGUUGAGAUGUACAGUAAGGGUCAUUUUUGCCCUACUUUCCCUCGGCGGCCUGUGUGGCCAUGCAUAAGGGGGCACUGGAGUCCAUCAGGGAAAUAUUCAUUAGGGCACACUGUAGCAAAACGUUGUGCAACAGAAAACGAAAAUCUUAUUGGACAAGUUCAGGUAGUACUUCCUCGUUUCGGCCUGUUUUCUUCCGUUUAGUUCCUAUUUGACCUAGAUAGUUUGUGUGUAUUGAUUUGUAGGCUACGUGUGCAUUUUUUUAUGUCGUUCUGUCCUCGAGCUGUUCUUGUCUAUUAAUGUUCUGUAUUAUUUCAUGUUUUGUGUGGACCCCAGGAAGAGUAGCUGCUGCCUUCGCAACAGCUAAUGGGGAUCCUAAUAAAAUUCCAAAUACCAAAUAUGAACACGAUCCAGGGGUGAAUCCCCCCCCCCCCCCCCCCCCCCCCUCCCCCUAUUCCUAGUUUCUGACAGGCAUGCCAGGCAGUGAGAGAAAGGGAGUGAGAGUGAGUGUGCUGGCUGGAUUGAGCCUGUUGCACAAUGACCUUGGCUGGGUUGAGAAAGCAGCAGGGUCACGGAGCAUUGGCUCUGAGGUUCAUCGCUAAGGCAACAGCGUAGUUAGUUAGCAUUUACACCUUAUUAGAGGACUCUGGACCCUCACGACAUUCUAAGCGGAGCCAUGCCCAAAGCCUAAUCCUAGAGCAACGGUAGUAUGUAGACUAUAACACACAUUUCCCUUAGCAAGCACUACUCUAAUCAGGCAUGUCAUUCCACUGGAUGACAUAGCUAGCUCAGUUUAAAACAAUUCUCACCAACAUGAACUUACAAAAUGAUUACCCAUUCAUUAGUAGAUUUCAACGUUGAAACAAUGUUGUCCUCAUUUCUGUGAGGAAAUACGCAAUUGGCACAAUGAGCUAAAUGUUUUGGCAAAUUAACAAUACUCAGGUCACUCUGUCUGUCACGCUACGCCAGCCGUUCCCCCGUCACCUCAGUACCGCCACAGCUUUCUGUCAUCUGAUUGGUCUAGACCAGGGUUGGGGUAAAUUCAAUUUUGAGUCCUGUGUCGCUCAGUUGGUAGAGCAUGGCGCUUGCAACGCCAGGGUUGUGGGUUCGAUUCCCAUAGGGGACCAGUACGUAAAAGUACGAAAAAUGUAUGCAAUACUGUAAGUCGCUCUGGAUAAAAGCGUCUGCUAAGUGACUCAAAUGUAAUGUAGAUGUUAAUUCAGGAAGCAAACUGAAAAUCCUGAUAUUGGAAUUUCAGUUUACUUACAAAUUGGCUGAAUUUAAAUGGAAUUGACCCCAACCCUGGUCGGGAACGGUAUCAUUGUAACCUUUUACGUCAUGAUCACAACAAUGCAAAACUGUUCUUCUUGCAGAUGAAGCUGCUGAACUUGUACAUCAAGAGGGCUCAGACAACCAACAGCAACAGCAGCAGUUCCUCGGAUGUCUCCUCACACAGCUAG